CGAAAAACAAGUCAAGUGGGUAGGUUCUUUGAACCCCAAGUAAAGGACCUUCAAGGUUAUCCUAUAUCCACCAUUGCCUACAACAUGCUGCCCCGAUCUGUGAUUUAUCGCGAUAAAGAGGGACGUCGCCAGAUGACUGGUUACCUAACCCAUUUCUACAGAAACUUUGCCAGCAGUCUGAACACUUCUCUUCGGGUGCGUUGGGAUCUGGUUCCGGAAAACGAAACUCCCAGUCAGAAUGUCAUUUCCGCGUUGCUUCGCGAUGGUCUGGUGGACUUUCCCCUAGUCCUGACCACACUUGCUCCGGAACCCUUUUACCCCAGCUAUGUGAGCGAGAUAAUCAGUUGGUUUCUAAUGCUGCCCGUGGAGCCCGACAUGCCACUCUCCAGUCUGUACUUCAACCUCAAGGGAUGGCGAUAUUUCUUGGGUCUGAUGAUCAUCUUGGCCCUACUGCUGGCCAAUGCCCGUGGUUUGGAGGCGGGCGAAGGACGCCUUACGCUGCGAUGCGGUGACAUCUUUGGGGAUCAUGUUCUGAGAGCCAUCCUGGCGCAGUCCUUCGUCAUGCCGCAUAGACUAUCAUUGAGUAGAACUCUGCUGUACAGCCUGCUGAUGAUGGCAGGUCUAAUAGUUAGUACUUUCUAUAGUGUCAAUCUAGCAACUCUACUCGUUAAUCCGCCAGCUGCUUACAGGAUACUAAGCUACAACGAUUUAAGAAGAACCCAUGGAAAGAUCUUAGUCUCCCAGCAGGAACUGUCCACCCUCAAUGUAUCGAUUGGUAAAGAACUUCUGGCAGAAAACCUAGACAUCUUUGAGAUAACGCCCUCCUUCGUGGAGUUUCUGGCCAAAAGGAACGAGCUGAACACCUCCUUUGGCUAUCCUGUAACCAGUACUUUGUGGCCCCUUCUCCAACUGAAACAGAUUAGAAUGCGGCGACCAGUCUUUCGAAAAUCCAACGAAAUAAGCUUCAUGCCGUUUAUGCCAGUAACAAUGCCGAUGGCUAGAAAUUCAAUAUAUCGUGACGCCUUCAACAGAUAUCUCAGUCACACACUCGACAGUGGAUUGUACAAUUUGUGGUUCAGGAGAUCCUUUAACGAACUAAUGGCUGUGGGCGAACUGAACUACAGUGUAGAUUAUUCAGAUGGUGGCUAUCACGAUCUUAUCUGGAAGGAUCUGUACUACGUGUGGAUUGCUUACAUUGGUGGAACUAUAGUCAGUCUGUUGGUACUGCUUCUUGAAAAACUUUACUUCAAGUGGCAGCGAAGAAUCUAAUUUUAAACUAUUUUGC